AUGGAGGCUAAAGCUAUGAUUCCUGAGGACGAUCUCUGUUGCUCCGUAUGUUGUGACAUUUUUAAAGAUCCUGUUAUUCUGAAAUGCAGCCACAGCUUCUGUAGAGUGUGUCUAGAGCAGUUCUGGGAAGAGAAGAGCUCUCGAGAGUGUCCCAUCUGCAGGAGAAAGGCCUCUAUGGAUGAUCUUCCUCCAAACCUGGCCUUAAGAAGCAUUGUGGAGUCUUACUUAAAGCAGAAGACUGAGAGAGAAACUGCAGACAAGACUGAGGCUCGCUGUAGUCUUCACGGAAAGAAACUUGUUUUAUUCUGUGAACAUGACAAAGAGCCUCUCUGUUUCAUCUGUCAGACUUCAAGAAAACACAGAAACCACCCUGUCUGUCCAGUGGAAGAGGCCGCACAGGAGCUGAAGGAGGAACUCAAGCCUGCACUUAAUCUUGUCAAAGAAAAACUGAAGAAGUUUACUAAGGUUGAACAAGGAUGUAAGAAGACAGCAGAACACAUCAGGAGUCAAGCCCAGCACACAGAGAGGCAGAUAAAGGCAGAGUUUGAGAAGCUCCACCAGUUCCUGCGUGAGGAAGAGGAGGCCAGACUAGCUGCACUGAAAGAGGAAGAGGAGCAGAAGAGUCAGAUAAUGGAGGAGAAGCUAGAACACGUCAGUGGAGACAUCUCCACCCUUACAGACAAAAUCACAGCUAUAGAGACGGCCAUGGAGACCGAAGACACCUCCCUUUUAAAGACCGAGAGACGGAGAGACUGUAACAUGGAGGCUAAAGCUUUGCUUCCUGAGGACGAUCUCUGUUGCUCUGUAUGUUGUGACAUUUUUAAAGAACCUGUUGUUCUGAAAUGCAGCCACAGCUUCUGUAGAGUGUGUCUGCAGCAGUGCUGGGAAGAGAAGGGCUCUCGAGAGUGUCCCAUCUGCAGGAGAAAGGCCUCUGUGGAUCAUCCUCCUCUAAACCUGGCCUUAAGAAGCAUUGUGGAGUCUUACUUAAAGCAGAAGACUGAGAGAGAAACGACAGACAAGACUGAGUCUCGCUGUAGUCUUCAUGGAGAGAAACUUGUUUUAUUCUGUGAACAUGACAGAGAGCCUCUCUGUUUCAUCUGUCAGACUGCAAGAAAACACAGAAACCACCCGGUCUGUCCAGUGGAAGAGGCCGCACAGGAGCUGAAGGAGGAACUCAAGCCUGCACUUAAUCUUGUUAAAGAAAAACUGAAGAAGUUUACUGAGGUUGAACAAGGAUGUAAGAAGACAGCAAAACACAUCAGGAGUCAAGCCCAGCACACAGAGAGGCAGAUAAAGGCAGAGUUUGAGAAGCUCCACCAGUUCCUGCGUGAGGAAGAGGAGGCCAGACUAGUUGCACUGAAAGAGGAAGAGGAGCAGAAGAGUCGGAUAAUGGAGGAGAAGCUAGAACACAUCAGUGGAGACAUCUCCAUCCUUACAGACAAAAUCACAGCUCUAGAGACGGCCAUGGAGACCGAAGACACCUCCUUUUUAAAGAGCUACAACAACAUCAAAGAAAGAGCCCAGUGCACACUGCAGGACCCAGAGCUGCUCUCAGGGGCGCUGAUAGACGUGGCCAAACACCUGGGCAACCUGACGUUCAGAGUCUGGGAGAAGAUGCUGGGGAUGGUGCAGUACACUCCUGUGAUGAUGGACCCCAACACUGCACAUGCCUAUCUCUCUCUCUCUGAUGAUCUGACCACUGUGAGACACACAGGUACAGCGCAGAACUGUCCUGACAACCCAGAGAGAUUUUACUACUAUGUGUUUGUGUUGGGAUCUGAGGGGUUCACCUCAGGGAAACACAGCUGGGAGGUGAAGGUUGGGAAUAAACGUCAGUGGGAUGUAGGAGUGGUGAAAGAGUCCACCAACAGGAAGGGAGAUAUCACAUACAGCCCAGAGGAUGGACCCUGGCUCAUAAGGCUGAGGAAUGGUGAUACGUACAGUGCAGUAGGAGGUACUGACCUCACACUGAAGAGGAAACCCCAGAGCAUCAGGGUGCAGCUGGAAUAUGACAGGGGGGAGGUGUCCUUCUUCAACUCCAGUGACAUGUCACUCAUUUACACUUUUAAACACACAUUUACUGAGAGGGUGUUCCCAUUCUUCUCUCCCUGUUUGAGAGAUGAUGGUAAGAACGAUGAGCCCCUGACAAUCUGCCCAGUGAAAGUCUCAGUAACAGUGAUG